GGCUGCGUGUUGCCCUGGGCAGCCCCGACCCCCGGAGGCGCAGGGGCGGGCUCGGGGCGGGGGCGAUGCCCCGGGCGCGCUCCGCUGGGGCAGCUCAGCCGCGCUGACGCGUCUCCUCCUCACCAUGGACAGCUUCGACUUCGCCCUGCUCCAGGAAUGGGACCUGGACUCCCUCGGUGUCUAUGAACCAGACAGAAAUGUUCUGCGGAGGAAAGAAUGGGAGAGGAGAAAUCAGGAGGCACAGAAGGAAGAUGGUUCAUUUAAUACCAGUUACUCCCUCUUCAGUGAACCGUACAAGACUAAUAAGGGGGAUGAGCUCUCAAAUCGUAUCCAGAAUACAUUAGGUAACUAUGAUGAAAUGAAGGACUUAUUGACGGAUCGAUCCAACCAGAGUCAUCUUGUUGGAGUUCCAAAACCUGGGAUUCCACAGGCACCUGUGAACAAAACUGAUGAACAUUUCAUUGCAGAUUCAAGACCACUGCCUCAGCCUUCCAUCUGCAGCACUUCAUCAUCCGUACCAGCAGCUCUAUCUGGUCAGCAAAGCAAGAGCCCCACAAUGGGUUGGCAGAAAGCUGGGCACAAUGCUUCUGAUGGCCAGCAGAGGGCAAGCAAGCAUGGGCACAGAUUGCUUGAGUCACACAAUAGUGACUUCAAAAUGGCUAACCAAAAAAACGGUCUGGAAAAGCUUAAACACUUUGCAUCGAGUCCCACACCAUCAUCUGUCAGUGCUGCACAACAAGGUACUUUAAGAUCCGCGCUUGGAGACGGUGUCAGCAAAGCACAACAACAGUCAAAACUAAAUUGCAGUGUAGAAGUAGGCUCUCAGACUCAAGAAAGGCCAGCAAAACACAGCAGUGGGCACUGUGUUCAGAACUUCCCUCCUUCACUUGCUUCAAAGCCUAAUAUAAUUCAACAGAAACCAACGGCUUAUGUAAGACCAAUGGAUGGUCAAGAUCAGGCUCCUGAUGAUUCUCCAAAGCUAAAAUUAUCAGUAGAAGCUAACAAGCACUGUACAUCAUAUAGGGGAGUACCUUCUAAUAAGCCUGACCCAGCUAUGGCCAAGACCAAGAUGGCAAUAUUUAGCACUCCCAAGCAAGAAGAGGAGAGUGGAACAGGAGAUAACAGCUGUAUUGAAGAAAUUUUGCGGGAGAUGACCCAUUCCUGGCCUCCACCACUCUCAGCUAUUCACACACCUGGAAAAGUGGAACAGAGCAAGUUUCCAUUUCCAAACAAGGAGUCGCAGCAGGUGUCUACAGGACACAGCAAUCCAAGGAAAAGUGAUGCUGAGCCAAAGAAUCCAGAAAACAGUGCAUCACAUACAUCAAUGCUAGAAGAUGACCUCAAGUUAAGUAGUGAUGAAGAAGAGAAUGACCAGCAGGCAGCACAGAGAUCUGCUCUCCGCGUUCUGUCUGACAGCACCGUCGUGCCGCAGCCCAGUAGCAGAACCUCGGGAGUCUCCAGCAAGAGGUCAAGUAGCAGCAGCUCCAGUGAAUCGAGAAGCAGUUCAGAAUCUGACUCAGAGAGUGAAAGCAGUUCGAGUGAGAGUGACGGCAGCAAGCCUUCUCAUUACUCCAGCCCAGAGCCUGAGCAGCCAUCAUCAAACAAAUGGCAGUUGGAUAAAUGGCUAAAUAAAGUUAAUCCUCACAAAACAUCUAUUCUUAACCAAAAUGAUAACCAUGGACUGGAGAGCAAUCAGUAUUACAGCAGAAUAAAGGAGGAAGGACAGGAGUGUGAGAAAAUACCAGCUAUUUGCCAAACUGACCUUAGAGACAAGGAAAUUAAGAACCCCAGCAAAGAGGAGUUGAGGCCUAGAACUGCUAAUAAAGCACCAGGAAAUAAAGGAGGGAAGCAGAAAUCACCUCCUACGGCUGCUGCUGUUUCUGGAGACAGCGGCCCUCAGAGAAGGACGACUUGUAAAAAACAGCCAAGAAGAACAGAGAGGACCUCUGGUGGGGAUGCCUUGAACUGCCAUACAUCUGAGGAUCUCACUUUGAGCCAAGUAUUUUUGGAAAAUAACAUCUGUGAACAACCUAAAGCCAGGCCCUGCAACAACAGAACUGGGCACAGAAAAGAGCUCCGCUCUGUCGCUGCAUGUGAAAAGAGACGUACCAGAGGGCCAAGCAAAACUGCACCCAAAUCCAAGGAAUUUAUUGAGACAGAGUCUUCGUCUUCAUCAUCUUCCUCAGAUUCAGAUUCAGAAUCCGAACAAGAGGAAUAUCAUCUGCCCAAACUUCAAACGGUGGCCUCUGCUUCAGGUGGAAGUGACCAGAGGUUGAAGGACUCCUUGAGUAGUAACACCAACAAAACUAACAGCAGCUGCAGUGCCUUUGGCUCCAUUAAUGCCAGGACUAGUAAUGAUAUAGCAAAGGAGCUGGAGGAACAGUUUUAUACUCUAGUUCCUUUUGGCAGGAAUGAGCUCCUGUCUCCUCUGAAAGACAGUGAUGAGGUAAAAUCACUGUGGGUCAAAAUUGAUUUGACUCUUUUGUCCAGAAUUCCAGAGCAUUUGCCUGAGGAGCCACUGGCAAUGAGCACUGGAGCAAAAGAAGAAGCCAGCCUUCAGCAGAAUAAUUGUACUUACCCACCAUCAGAAAAGGUUGUGCCAAAAUCUAGAAGGAAACGCAAGUAUGAAAAUGAAGAAGAGGACAGGGAGAUCAAGAAGACUCAUUUAGAGCGAGAGUGUUCUUCACGAUUAAUUGCCUCUGCCCUAGGUAUUUCAACAGCAAAUCAUUGCAACAGGAAUGAACAUAGCUUGGCGAUACCAAUAAAUAAAAAUGAGAAAAUGCUUCGGUCUCCUGUCUCACCCCUCUCUGAUGCAUCAAAACACAAAUACUCCAAUGAUGAUUUAACUUCUUCCAGUAGACCUAAUGGCAGCAGUCUAUUAUCUUCCAUGUCCUCCAGCAAAAAACAUAAGAGUGAAAUCCAGCCACAGCUACAUCCUGCAGACUGCAAUAAAGCAGUUCACAUCAAUUCAGAAAGUGUUCUCUGCAACAAGCCACACUCCCAAACAGAGCCUUGGCCAUCUUUAUCCAGAGCACACAAAGACUGCAGAAGAACAAAGCUCAUCUUUGAUGAUAUACCACGCAAUGCAGAUCACUUUAUGCAAGAAGCUAAACGGAAGAAGCAUAAAGCAGAUGCAAUGGUGGAGAAAUUUGGAAAGGCACUGAAUUACGCUGAAGCAGCAUUAUCGUUUAUUGAAUGUGGAAAUGCUAUGGAACAAGGCCCCAUGGAAUCUAAAUCCCCUUAUACAAUGUAUUCAGAAACAGUUGAACUUAUCAGGUAUGCUGUGAGACUAAAAACCCACGCAGGCCCUAAUGCCACUCCAGAGGACAAACAACUAGCAGCAUUAUGUUAUCGCUGUUUGGCACUUCUGUACUGGAGAAUGUUCCGACUCAAAAGAGACCAUGCUGUAAAGUAUUCAAAAGCACUUAUUGAUUAUUUCAAGAAUUCAUCAAAAGCUGCCCAGGCUCCAUCUCCAUGGGGUGCCAGUGGAAAGAGCACAGGAACUCCAUCCCCCAUGUCUCCUAGCCCUUCUCCCGUCAGCUCUGUGGGAUCCCAGGGGAGCACCGGUGCCCCUUCCCCCUCUUCCACUAUCAGCAUUCCACAGCGUAUUCAUCAGAUGACAGCCAAUCACGUCAGUGUCACCAACAGCAUCCUGCACAGCUAUGACUACUGGGAGAUGGCUGACAAUCUAGCCAAGGAAAAUAGAGAGUUUUUUAAUGAGUUGGAUGCGUUGAUGGGACCUGUCACCUUACACAGCAGUAUGGAGCAUUUAGUUCAGUACACUCAACAAGGACUUCACUGGGUACGGAAUAGUGCUCACGCAAAAGACUGUGUGCCAUUCAAAUGAACUGCAUAAUCUCCCAUGGACAAUUCAAUUAUUCUGGACACUGUGCUACAGAAAUAAUCAACCAUAGCAUCCAAACAAAGGUGAAUAUUUCUUCAAUGUUGAACAACAUUUUUCAGAGUGUAGACAUAUAUGUGUGUAUGUAUAAUAUGCAGCUAUGUCUCUCCAGAAUGCAUUGUUCCAUAGCAAUCUCCAAACAUUGUCAGACUCCAGACAGAACUGACCACAGAUGUCUUAAUACACACACAUAUUUCUUAUACCUGUGCUUAGAAAAACUCAGAAACCAAAAUCUCAUGAGUUAAUUGAACCAAGUGCAAUAAACACAAUGGCUCCCAGUCAGGAAUGCACUUAAAUGUGUGUUUAACUUUAAGCAUGUGCUUAAAUGCAAUUGACUUCAGUAGAACUUAAACAUGCACUAAAGUGCUUUCCUGAAUUAGGGACAAUGAGAGUCUGACUGGCCGUUUGGAUGCUCCAUAGAACUUUCAGUAUUCUUAUUUCCCUCUUAUUUCCUGAUUGAGAUGUACGGAUGAAUUGUGUAGACUGAAAAAAUAUGGAGCGAGAAAGCAUUAACUUUUGUGCAAUAAGUUUCAACAGCUUGCAUUCGUUUCUUUAUUUCUCGGCUUUUGAAAUUACCUGACCUCCUGUUCAGCCUCCUUAUCAACUAUAAUGGACAAUAUCGAGGAAACAGCCAGAAAAAUGGGUGUAUUGAUAACAAGAAACUAGAAGAGAUUCUGGAAAAUUGUGUACUGUCAUUACAGGCAAGAAGAUAACAUAAAAAUACUGUAAACUGCAACCCAGUUAGCAAAGAAAGUCCAUUUAUUACAUGUGCAUAUACGUGCACACACAUACACACACAUCGAUGACAUUUGUUUGCUUUGUGCAGAGAGGCUUCACCUUACUAGCUCUGGUUUUGAUAUCUUUUCCAUCUUAAAGUAGCUUAUUUGCAGUUUCUUCUAGUCUGUAUCAUGCCAUUACAUGAAAUUCUCUUUAUCUUGGAAAGCUGGGUUUGCUGCUCACCAGACUAAGCACUGUUUCCUAUCAUAAUCCUCUCACUCGUCAUGCAUAAUCCUCAACUAGGCUUUAAUGUUUCUUGAUUUAUGGGGUGUUUUCAGCUCUUGUUGACAGGCUGUGUUUUUUGUGCCAAGGGAAUUAAUCCUAAAGUAAUUGCAAUUUAAUUUCGAUCAGCUGGGGCCCUGGCCAGUUCAUAACUAAUGUGUUGUGUGCAUUUAGUGGAUUUUUGUUCUUGGUUAAUUUCAUUUUUACUCCUCUGGAAACAUUUGAUUGUUUUCAUCUGAAAUGUAAUUUUAUUGGUUAUUUUGCACCCAGCACUCUAGCCUUUACUUAUGCGAGUAGCUACAUUAACUUCAGUUGCAUUGCUCAAGUAAGAAUCAAUGAAUGACCAUCUUCAUUGCUACCUUCUAGUCAGCUUUAUCUCAAUAUUAGUGUGAUGCUUGUGCAAAAAUAUCUGCCAGUAAAAGUUACAUAUCAACAUGUCUGAUGAGUUGCAUUAGAAACCAAACAUCAAAUAAUUUAGCCAGAGGCGGAUUAAACUUUCCUGGGGCCCUGGGCCAGAGCAAGUGGGGGGCCCCAUCUCAUCCCUUCCACCUGUGCUCCCACCCCCAUUCUGCUCCCUCCAUAUGUGACCCCACCCACAGCCCCACCCCUUUAUGACCCUUACCUCCCUCUCCUGCCAUUCCAUCCAGGGUCUCCCCAUUGCACUCCCCCACACUGUGGCCCCAAGACUUGAGACGCUCUGGCCACAGCAAGGAGUGAGAGCUUCCCCAGCCCUGAGGCCAGAGCAGGUAGCAGAGCUCCUCCAGUGCUGGGACCGCAGCAGGACUUUCCCUGCCACCCCCCGGCUUCUGCCGGGAAUGGGGUCAGGGAGCGCUGGGGGCUACCCUGUGGCCAGCUGGCUUCUGCCAGGAUUGAAGGCCUGGGGUUUCCUUCGCCAGAACACCCGCCCUGACUGCCGGCACUGCCACUAGGGAGUGGGGUCGGGGCUUGCAGGGGGUUUCCCUGCUGCCGUGCCCAGCGCGGCUGCAGGGGAAUGGGGUGCUUCCCUCACCCCUGCCCUGUCCGCCUGGCACUGCUGCCUGGAAGUGGGGGCUUUCCGCCACUGAAUUUAGUUUGUUACCACAUUAAAAGAUUUGCGGUAAGACAAUGGGUAUGUCUACACUGCCACUGCAGGUGUAAUGUCCAGUUUGGGUAGAUGUGCAUGCACUAGCUUCGAUUAGGCUAACACACCAAAUGUAGCAGUGUAGCUGCAAAAUGGGAGGCAGCAAUCCCAUCCAAGACCCUAGGUAAAUGCAAUGGCGGCUAGCCCACACUGCCAUGGCUACACUGCUAUUUUGGGUGUACGAGCUCCACCAAAGCUAGUGCAUGUACAUCUAUCUGAGCUGGAAAUUACCUCCUGCUGCACUGCAGACAUACUCAAUGUCAUGUCAUCAGAUUUCACUUUGUUGCAUGUUGCAGAAAAAAUACCAAUCAUUCAGUUACAGUUGUUGGAAUGUAACUUGGUCAGUGCCUAGCUGAUUAUUACCUGUCUGAUGUCUGGUUGUGAAAGUCGGCCAGUGAUUUCCUAGAUGAAGAAGUGAUUUAAAUCCUCUUAAUACUGUGAGUAAUUUGGUUCUGUUAGGAUAACAGUGUGGGAAUUUCUGUCAAACCAGAGAAGUGGGAUGCCUGUUAAAUUUGCUUCCGCUUUCUUUGGUGGUUGCUUUAUCAUUUGUCCUCAGAUGUGGGGUUUGGGUUUGGGGUUUUUUGGUAUUUCGGAAUUCUUAUCACUAUUUUAUGCCAGUUAAACUUAGAAGCAACAUAUAUUGCUUGCCUUUCACAGAUUUUAACUUGGCAUUGGAGUUUCAAGUAAGGAACUUUGAAUCACAUCUCUUGUGCUGCGACUGGGGAUAGUUUUUAUUAAUUAUGAGCUCUUCUGGAACUUGUUUGGCUGCAAUAUAUACAGCGAUUUCACAGAAAUUCAGGAAGAGUUAAUGUCCUCUUAUUGUAACAUGUUUCCUGACUACUAAGGAUUUCUUGUAGAUUUGUGCCCUUUCUUUUAAGCUGUUUUUAUGCUGAAUCAUUCCAGCUAAAAUACCCAUCAAGUGCCAUGGAAAUGGUACAUUGAUUGUAGGUUUUGUGCUGGAAUCACUUGCGUUGAACUCGUGUAAACAGAAGAAACUCCACUGAAGUCAAUAGAGCUGCACCCAUUUAGACCAACAGAGAAUUGGGCCUCCUGUCCACAAUGUUCCUUACAGGUGGGCAUUUUGAUGAGGUUAGAGCAUGCAGUUCAACCACAGGCACGUUGCUUUUGUACAGGUUGCUUUUGGUCACGAUUGCUGCUCUUCAAACAACUACAGAUGGGUACGGCAUGAUAACCAAAGACAUGUCAUCUCAUUCCUUUGGGGCCUGAUCCUGAAAAGGGCUGUGCGGCCUCAGGACCUGACCCAGCAAAGCUCUUAAAUCUAAGCAUCACUUUAAGUAUAUAAGUAGUCCCAGUCAUUCCAGUGUCAGCUGAGGGUUCUCAGCGCGCUGCAGGAUCAGACCCUUAGAGACGGUCCUUAUUUUGCUUGCCACUUGCAAGGCAUGUUUUGUUUGUUUUAACUCAUUGUUUCAAGUCCCCUAAGAAUGAUAAAGGCUCCCUUCUCUUGCAUUAGAGAUUCCAUCUCAAUAUUUCAGAGGUGAAGAUGUCAACCUGUACAAAUCCAGCUCAAAAGCAAAAUUAUGCCUGGAGGGAGAAGUUUGGUAUAAAAUAGAAACUUCUUAAUGUGACAGACAGCUAGUCUACCAACUGACGAGUACAUGCAGGCAUGGGAAAUCAACUGGAAUAUUAUCAGCUAAAAGUGUGCCACAGGUAGACCCAAAGGAAAUACAAUUUGGGGGUUUUUUGCAUUAAAAAUGCCCUGAGAUACUCUGAGAUGUUCACAAACACUAAGACAAUGAGAUAUUCAGACACACUUUGGCCUUGAUCCUGUAAGAUGUGCCACAGGGAGUGCAAGGGUGAGUGGAGGAUAUGUAUAGGUUCAAGUAUGGUUGACUACUGAGCAAAGGCAUCUAUUUUGUAUGGCGGUAAAUCCCAAGCCCCUUCUACAGCCCUUUCUUUAUUCUAAAUCUCACAGGGUUUAACAGGAAGGGGUGUAGGCAGAUGUUGGGCAUGUGAAGAGACAUGGUACUCAGUGUAGGCCCAGAUCCUCCAAGGUAUUUAGGCACCUAACUUCCAUUUAUUUCAAUGGGAGUUAAGUGCCUAGUAUCUUGGAGGAUCUUGGCCGUAUCCCUCAGCAUGCAACACUGGUGCUUAGUUAUGUGCUCCUUGUCUGAGCUUUACUUCUGCUAUUGGGAGUAACUUGGCAGCCUGGAAAGCAGUAUUCUCAUUAAUGCAGAAACAGAUUCCCUGCUCUCCUGGUACAGCUCAUCACUUUUUACCUUUACUUCCACAUGCAGCAGUCUUCCCCUGCACUGUGAAGGAUCAAGCCCUCAGUGUACGUAUUCACACAUAUCUAUACACUCUAUAUCUAAAUCAUGAAAAAGUUCAGUCAGCACAAAGGAUAUUACUAGUGCCUCCCAUUGAUCAUUGAGUACCUGUCACUGAAUGGUCAUAUCACCUCAGAAGAGCAGUAAUUGUUAUCAAGGUAAUGUGUGCAGCUAAUUAAUUUGCAAGACUCUCACCUUGUGAAUGGUGCAGUCAUAUAUCUUUCAUAAUACCAAUUUUCACAGCUCUGAUACAAAUCUGCAUAACUAAAAUGUCAGGAUAUUUUUUUUAAAAGAAGACAUACACUUAGACCUGGCUAAUCUGUGCUUAAAGUCUCUUGAGUAGAUAAACUACUAGACACCAGCCUUAAUGCCUAUACAGUGCAUACUAUUGAGUGACUUAGUCGCAGUGUUUAAUCCAAAUGAAAUUGGAAUUUGCAAACUGAUUUAGAUUAACUACAUCUGCCACUGCUAGGUUGCUGAUGUGACAUUAAAUGAUUGUGGUUUUAAACAAAAGAGGUUGAAUUUUAUGUAAAGAAUAGUGACUGAAUUCCUUAAUCUUUUUAAAAGAUUUUUAAAAAAAAUCUUGUCAAAAUCAUGUGUUUUUUAACUUUCCUAAAAUUUCUGGAGGGUCACUGGUUCUCGGUCAAAGCUGUAUUAACGACAUUUCCCUUCUACAGUAUGUCCGGUCUUUUCAUAAUCCGCUUAAUACGUCAAAAAGAAAUGUUGCUUUUUUAUAAUGAUUGCAGCACUCCCCUCUCCCAGUUCAGUGGAAAACCCUCAGACUAAAUAAUAAAAUCUCCUUGUACAUUGCUGGCACCAUACACUUAACAAUGACUGAAUUAAUUUGUUACAAUGAUGAUAGAAGUAUGGCUGGCACAGAUCUAAAAUGUCUUUCCUUUUGAUAACUUUUUGUAACCAUUUACACCAUGUACUCAAACUGAUUCCUUAUUCAGAUGGAGAGAAUUACCUGACUUGCGUACUAUAAAUAUGUUCCAGCUCAGAGCACGAUCAGAAUCAUUAUUAUUAUUAUUAUUAUUAUUACACUACUUGGUACACUGGUUAUGCACUAAAGAGUGGGAACAUGCAUAGCAAUGGGUGAGCCUCAUCUGAAUCCAUUCGGAAGAGCAUCUGGAUGUUUAUCUGAAGCUGAUCUAAACAUAUGAACCUCUUUGCUUUGGUCAGAAAAACUAUCUGGAAAGCUGGUGAGAACACAAGAUUCUCAGAGUAAAAUCCUGGCUUCACUGAGUACAGCUACACAGCAAAACAAAAACAAAAAAAACCCCACAGCUGCAAGUCUCAGAGUCCAGGUCAACUGACUCAGGCUCACAGGGCUCACAUUAUGGGGCAGUGUAGACAUUUUGGCUCAGUCUGGAGCCUGGGCUCUGGGACCCUCCCCUGUACCUGGUGGGGGAGGAGCGCUGCUGUGUAAACGUACCCAGUGAAGACUAGGGUAAAACUCCAAUUUCUUUCAAAAGAGCCAGGAUUUCACACUUGAUAUUUGUUAGUUACCUUGUAAUAAACUGUUUUCAAGAUCAUUUUAAGUUCUUGGGAAAGUCACUUAGAUCCCUAUUUCCCCAGACACCGGGACAAUCCACCUGAGAUCUGAAACUCCCCGCAGUUUCUACACAGUAUUCUCUCGAGAAAGCAUUAUUCGUCCGCCAGGAAGGAGUCAGGUAUCUCCCCACCCCCUUCAUCUGGGGAUAUCAAAUAUCUCCCAAAUCACCCCCUUGCCUCCACUCUGCCAUCUGACCCGAGCAGCUGCUUCUAACCCCUGGAUGAUCCCAUGUUUCCAGGGGCUUUCCUACUGCGACUGAACCAAAACCCAUCCCUAAAGGAGGAGUCCACAGCCCAGAGGGGAAAGCAAUGCAAGUAACCAUGGAUUUCAUUAACUUACACAGCUUUUCCCCACAGGGCUAGC